AUGAAUAUUCUUGAGUUGGUUCAGCAGAACCCUCAAGAGGCGAUUGAUAUUGUGACGAAGGCUGCUGCGGCCGAGCCAGAUAAACUGGACGCCCAGCAGCUCGCCGCAGAGGUUUGUUUCGAGCUCGGUUUGGCAGAACAGGCUUACGGCUAUCUGCAACAGACACUGCACCUGGAUCCAGACGGAACCAAAGGCGGCUACGUCAAGUUCCUGUGGCUGGGACAGCUGAUUGGUGGUAAAACCGGCAUUAAUUAUUAUAAACAGGGUAUCAAUGGUCUCCGUCAACAGCCAGUCGAGCAGUCGGGCCCGCAAAUUAUCAAGGGCCUGCUAGGAAUGAUUGAUAUUUAUAUGACAGACUUGUGCAUGGAACCCGAGGCAGAACAAGUUUGCGAAAAGUUAAUCGCUGAAGCAUUGUUGCUGGACGACAACCACGCCGAAGCAUGGUCAAUUCUUGGCAGCAUUCGGAUUUCCCAGAUUCGAAACGACGAAGCCAAACAAGCCUUGGAGAAGUCGUGGUCGUUGUUCGACAAGGCUCUGCUUGAGGCACAGCUGGAUACCACAUCUAUGCCGGCGCUCGUUCGUUUGGCCCAGAGCAUGAUCGAGCUCGAGAUGGCCGAUUUGGUGUUGGACCUGACGACCCAGGCGACCCGUCUCGAUGACCAGGUUCCCGAUUUGUAUUAUCUCAAUGCCUUGGCCCACCAGCAGCUCAUGGCCCAAGAAUCAGACCCGGCAGAGCUCAAUCGACACAAUGCAGCCAUUCGGGAUGCCAUAGAACUGCUCUCACAACUCGAUGAAUCCGUCGAUCCCGAGAUGGCUGCGGCAAGUAACGAGCUGGUUGCUAGUCUUCCGCCUCUCACGGAACCUGUUCUUGAGAGCGACGACGAAAAUGUAGAAGAAUAG